GACGCUCAACACGCGCUUCGAAGCUUCGGUGUCGGACGUUCGCUUCAGAUUCAAUUCUUUAAACUUGCUCUUUUUGCUGGUUUUGAAUUCAUGCUGAGAGUGGAGACAGACGUGUUGUGAGGAGGCCCAGAGGUCUGUAUGACAGAUAAACAUCUGGUCCAGCCUUCAUCAUGUCCGCAACAGACUGUUAAUGACGACUGAUUUCCUGAGACUGCGCAGAAGUCACUAAAAAAGCAAGCCAGCUCAGCUGCUAAUAUGCAGCGGGGGUCCAGUGUUUCCACAAGGUGGCGCUGCUGAGAGGUGACUGGUUGAUGCUGUCUGUCUGGCGACCAUGGAUGACUUCAGCACCAGGACAUACGGCACCAGCGGCCUGGACAACAGGCCUCUGUUCGGGGAGACCUCAGCCCGGGAUCGUAUAAUCAACCUGGCAGUGGGGGGAUUCACUGUGGUGAUUGUUCUUGUGACUGUGAUCAGUUCAGUGGUGUUCCCCUCAAUGCCUCCAAGGCCACUAAAUAUCUUCUUUGCCGUGUGCAUCCUGUUAGCAUGUGGCUCCACCGUAGUGCUGAUAUUCUGGUACCGACAGGGAGACCUGGAGCCCAAGUUCAGGAAGCUGAUCUACUACAAGCUGGGAUCCAUUGUGCUGCUGUGUCUAUGUGCCAACCUCUACUUCCACGACAUCAGGUGAAGGCGGCGAGGAUAAAGAAGGGACAACGCAAACUAACGGCCGCGUGCAGAGGAAAUGUGAAGGGGACCAGAGUGAAAAAUGAAACAAACAAAAAUCAUUCCACAAACUAUAAACUUCAAAAACAAACUUUUUGACGUGCGGCGUCCAGCUGCACCAAAACCCACAAAGUGUCUGACGUGUUAGCGACAAUGCUAACGGUGCUGCGCCGCAGAGAAGCAAACUACAGUGAGGUAGGAAGUCACAUAUGUUUACAUGCAGGGUUACAUGUUCCCGUCAUAACACACACGCCCACCCUGUGGUCGCGUUUCCUAUUAACAGUGUUUUAGAUGAGGGCAGAGUUAAAGGAAAAUCCUUCCUCGGAUCCUCUGCAUUUUGUCCCAGGAUCUUAGAAUCCAAUCUUGAAAAUUCCGUUUGUUUUCAGGAUAAAAAAAAUCCACAAGCAUUCUUAUUUGUGUUGCAUUGGGUGAACUUGUUCAUCACCUGCGUAAUCGGUGGUUGGUGUUUCGUUACAUUAAUUCUGUCUGCCAUAUCUGAAAAACCAAAGAUGGAUACAAAACCCAAAGUAACUGACAACUUUUUCAUCGAGUCAACCUAUGAAACCUACUUACUGUAAGCCUUCAGGGCCAAGACUACAAUUUUACAAAAAUGUUCAGUCUUAAGUUUAUGCUUGUUUACAAAACACACACUUUUCCUAAAUUACUGUAGAAGACGUACUAACAGCCAAAGCACAAGAGGAAUCUGUGGCAAAUAUAUGCAACUUUAUUUUCCAUUUUAAUUUGAUUUUCACUGUUUAUCAAAAUGACAUUUAAUUUUCAAACGAGUAAAAGUACAUUUUUAUUCAAACUGUCCACAUUGUUCUGAAUGCUGAAGUGCGACUGACUGCCAACUGCUGCACUGAGUGUGGCUGAGUUCCAUUUCUGUCCAGCUGUAGCACCGACGACAAAUCUUUCUACUGAAGCU